AUAGAUUCUUCGGAGAUCUAAACCUUAGUCAAAUUAAAUUCGCAUGACUCUCCUAAACAGUCAAAUGCUAACCCCAGUAUCUCUCUAAACACCUCCUCUCUCUAAAAAGUAUUAGAAAAUGUCAGACGCGUUUUGCAGCGAUUGCAAGCGAGAGACUGAAGUAGUUUUUGAUCACUCAGCCGGAGACACAGUAUGCUCAGAGUGCGGUCUUGUACUGGAAUCCCACUCCAUUGACGAAACCUCCGAGUGGCGUACCUUUGCUAACGAGUCCAACGACAACGACCCCGUACGUGUUGGAGGUCCAUCCAAUCCACUCUUAACCGAUGGCGGUCUCUCCACCGUCAUCGCUAAACCUAAUGGCUCUUCCGGCGAGUUCCUCUCUUCUUCUCUCGGUCGCUGGCAGAAUCGUGGCUCUAACCCUGACCGUGGACUUAUCCUUGCUUUUAAAACUAUUGCCACCAUGUCCGAAAGGUUGGGACUUGUUGCAACCAUCAAGAACAUUUUUGUCUGCCUGCCUAUAUAUGACAAUUGCCAUUGGCUUAAGCUUGGAAGUUCAAACAUAAAUGAUCGAGCAAAUGAGAUAUAUAAGAGGGUUGAAGACCAAAAGUCUAGUAGAGGAAGAAAUCAAGAUGCUUUGUUGGCUGCUUGUAUCUACAUCGCUUGCCGACAAGAAGACAUACCACGAACUGUAAAGGAAAUUUGCUCUGUUGCAAAUGGGGCGUCAAAGAAGGAAAUUGGCCGAGCAAAAGAGUACAUAGUGAAGCAACUUGGUUUGGAGAAGGGUCAGACUGUGGAGAUGGGCACAAUACAUGCUGGCGACUUUAUGAGGAGAUUCUGUUCAAAUCUUGGUAUGAAUAAUCAAGCUGUUAAAGCUGCUCAGGAAGCUGUGAAGAAAUCAGAAGAAUUUGAUAUAAGGAGGAGUCCUAUAUCAAUUGCUGCUGCAGUUAUAUACAUCAUAACUCAGCUUUCUGAUGAUAAAAAACCUCUCAAAGAUAUAUCAAUUGCCACUGGAGUUGCAGAAGGAACUAUUAGGAACUCUUACAAGGAUCUUUAUCCCCAUGUUUCAAAAAUAAUACCAAAUUGGUAUGCAAAGGAGGAGGAUUUGAAGAACCUUUCUAGCCCUUGAAUUAUAGAGAAAAAUCAUCCUAAUCCGUGUCAUUAAAUCUGUUUGGAUUCACUGAACUGUUAAUUACAUUGAGAGGUAGGCACCAUAUAAUGAAUGAAUUCUCGACUUCGGUGCAGUAUAGAAGAGUUUAUAUUGUAUGAACGAGAACUCACUUGCAUUGCUGUGUGUUUUGUUUUUGCCUCUUCUUGAUUUGAAUUGUUUAGUUGUCUC